AUGAAGAGCCUCACUCUCACGGUCCCCCUCCCGGCUCACCAACACGCCCCCUCCAGCAAACGCCUCCUCGGCCUACCCUUCGAGCUGCGCAACCUCAUUUAUUACCACGUCCUCGUUGAUGUGCCAAAGCACUCCCGCACCCAUCACCAAGAUUGCCACUUCCGCCAGAACCACACCCGCAACUCCAUCGAGCCCGCCGCUUGCCAUGUCCUCGAGCUCGCCGUGAACCUCGUCCCGUCCCAGGCGCUGUGCCCUUGGGACGAGCCGCUGCAGUGCCGCUGCGCCAAGCGCACAACACUGAACCUCCUGCUGGCCUGCCGCCAGCUCCACCGCGAGGCCGCGCCCGUCUUCUGGUCUGCCAACACCUUCGUCUUUGACCACCCGGACGAGUUCGCCCUCUGCGUCGGCGCCAGGCUGCGCGAGGCCUACCGCCCGCUGCUGCGGCACGUCUACAUCGCCUCGCCGGACGGCUGGGACACGUACACGCGGACACACACCAACAUCUUCACCGACACACGAAUCGCACAGAAGGGCGGCAUCCCGCGCUGGCUGCAAUUCUGGGGCGUGCUGAAGCAGUGCCGGGGCAUGAGGACGCUGGCCGUCCGGCCCGAGGUCGUGAAGCGGCACGCCGCCGACAUGGCGUCGCUGCGCGAUUGGAUGCCGGAGCUGAGGCGCCUCGAGCUGACGUGGGUGGGCAAGUACAAGGACCACAUGGUCAGCUGGGAGAGGGACUGGGGCAGCUUCCGCGCGUGCACGACGCUCCAGCGGCACACUGUCUUCGCGCGCGCGACGCAGGUCGUCGACUUCCGCGGGGCUGGGGCGGACUUCAGCAAGGAGCGCUGCAAGAACCUGUACCGCGACUUCACGACCAACUUCUGCGUGUACGUGGACUCGAUCGUGAGGGAGCGCUUUCUCGGGUGCGACCUGGAGCAGGACCGGGACUGGAUCUUUCUGCAUGACGGCCGGAUGGCGGCCGGGCUGGAUGACGCGCGGACGUCGUACCGCGUGGCGCUGCCGACGGGGGAGAAGACACGGGUGACCUUCAUGGCGGUGCCGCAGUCGCAGAGGACGCGGGUGCGGCUGAUGAGGGCGAGGCUGGCGCGGGAGGCGGAGCUGAGGGCCCGGGGCAGGCCGACAGCGGCGGAGGAACAGGUUCUGAAGGAGAUUAAGGAGCGGAGGGCGGCGAACAAGAGCAGGGAGGCGGAUGAGGAGGCGUGCGAGAGGAAGAAGACGCUGUCGGCGAGGAGGGCGAGGGAGGAGGAGAGAAGGGAAGAGGAGAGGCGGGAGAGGGAGAGGAAGAGGGCCGAGCUGGGGAGGGCUGUCGAGGCGGCGAAGGAGGAGAGGAGGACAGGGAGAAAGAGGGUUGUGAAGGGGCGGAGUGUCGAGAGGGAGAUGGGGGAGGUUUCCAUGUGA